UUGCAAACUCUGGGCAGGGGGCCGUUGCGUCGGGCCAUUUUCACCGAAGCCUCCGAGAAAAGCGAGCCUUGUGCUGCAUCGGCCCACGCACCACACAGAUCAUCAAGCAGACAGACGGACGGACGCAGGGCCCGACAGGCAUGCAGCGCUUCUAAACCGGCGCCUUGUUUUCUCUCGUCUCUGCUGAUUGUCUCCCGCCCAAGAAGAAGAGAGAGGGACAAAGCUCUCCCCGCAUUUCACCGAACGUCGAUCCCGCUGGAUGGCAGACAUCGCCAUGACUGGAGAAGCCGGCGCCAACCGCACGUUCCGCUCCAUCUUCGGCGACCAAAAGCAGCAGCAUAACGACGUACUCAAGUUGGAGCAGAGCGAUUGCAACGCAUCUGUCGCUUCGGGCGCUGGAGCUGCUGUCCUGGCCAUGGACGACGACGACGACGACGAGGCCAUGUGGAGCGAUGAACCGCCACUGAAUGGCGACGCAACUACAAAAGACAACAAUGACCUGCCUGGACUCCAGUUUGCGCAACGCAAGUCCAUGGAAGAAUGGGCAGACGACGACGAUGAGGAGGAGAAUUGGAAAGAGGCUUUACAAGAUCGCGUUAACCAACUGGAACUCGCAUUCCAACACAAUGAUGACUCCACUGCAGCCGAGUCUCGACGCCGAUUUGAACAACAGCAGCAAUUACAGCAGGUUUCAGCCUCCGAACCACAACGCGUUGAUUUCAGUCAGUCGCUUCCAGUACCUACUCACCUCACUACGUCUAAUGCAGACUCGGAACGACCUCGACAUGCCAGUCGCCACAAGAUGCAGCGCACUUCUUCGUCACAUGCGUGCAUCACUGGAGAUAAUGCUACCACGUCGAGUCGGCCCAAUCACCUCUGGAAUUUCCAACGCAAAGUAGUGGGAGGAACACCAGCCAAUCCAAUAGUCCAAGACUCCCGCACGCGGUCGCAUCCCAUAGAUUUCGUAGCCCGCAACAUCCAGACGGUUGAGCACCAUCGCAAGCGCUCAGACUCAUUGAGUGGGUCGUCCAAUAGGACGGAUUCGCCUCGACAAGCGCUGUCUCGGAAGAGUUCUAUGGAUAGUAAUCGCAGCAGCCUCAGCCGAAGUAAUAGUAGUAGUCUCCGCGGGAAUAAGGCAGCUGCACCAACACCAUCAGGCGCGGCGGCGGUACUUAACCUGAGCGACACAGAGGCCAUUCGCCGAUUCGUACUGGACGACGUCAAGACCAUGUCCAUGGAGCGACUUGUGGGCAACGCCCAGCGAUUACAUUUUCUAGAGGAUUUCUAUCAGAAUCACCAAGGAUCAGGCACCACGCCCGCUGUGGCCCCCUCAUCUCCUUCGUCGCCCAUAUCCUGACCGCACUCUGGUUUAUUCUAUUCCUUUGCCUAGCUUUGCUGUUCGGAUGCGAUAUUUUGCUACGUGCUCUAUUUAAUGACAAUUUUUUUUCCCGCAAA